AUGCAGCGGCCGGGCUACGCUGUGCCUCCGGCGCAGUCACCUCCGCUACACCACCCUGUUCCGCAACACGUCUCGACCGUCCCUCAACUCCGAUCUCCUCCGCCUCCCGCCGCGCAGAAUGGCCAGCAGCAAGCAGGAUACGGCUACGGUCAGAGCCCGCCGCAAGGUCAGGGGAACAACUACGUCCACCCAGCUUUCGGCGGCUUCAUGAACGAUCCCACGGCACAGAUGGGUUUUCAAAUAGGCAAGAGCGCGGUGGAUGCUGGGCAGCAGUACAUGGAGCAGAAUUUCAACCGCUACGUCAACGUUUCGGCUUUGAAGCACUACUUCAAUGUCUCCAACUCAUACGUGAUCAACAAGCUCUACAUCGUACUCUUCCCCUGGCGGCACAGACCGUGGUCACGGCAACAAGCUCGAAGCAACGACGGUCAAGGCGCAAUCGAGUUCCUCCCACCUCGCGAAGAUGUCAACUCGCCCGACAUGUACAUCCCCCUCAUGGCCUUUGUCACAUAUAUCCUGCUGUCCACCUUGAUCGCAGGCCUCAAUGGAAAGUUCGAACCGCAAUUGCUGGGCAUCACCUUCAGCAAUGCCAGCGUCAUCAUCCUGCUUGAGCUCGUGGUCCUGUGGCUGGGGAGAUACCUUUUGAACAUCAACAGCGAGAGUCAGAUAUAUGACCUGGUGGCAUACAGUGGAUACAAGUUUGUUGGCGUCAUCUUCACCAUUGCGGUGGCCGCGGUCUUCAACAGUGGAAAGGGCACAGGAGGCUGGGUGGGAUGGGUCGUCUUCGCCUACACGUACAUGGCGAAUGCGUUCUUCCUGUUACGCUCCCUGAAAUACGUUUUGCUUCCAUCGGACAGCGCACCCGGAAAUCCCGGCAUGCAAACCAUCGCACGCUCUCAACGAUCAAGGCGGACGCAGUUCCUCUUCAUUUACAGCUACCUCGUCCAAUUCGCCUUUAUGUGGUGGCUCAGCUCUUUGGACAUCAGCGGUGGCAAGAAGGCUGGGAAGUAG